UCUCAUUCCCUACGCCGAUCUCUCCUCAGCCUCCCCGCCGUUUGCUCUCUUGACGACUUCACGGCCAACCCCCACCCUCCAUCACGGACCCCCCUCCUUCAAAACAUAGGUCGAUUUCUCAACUUGUCCGCCCGUUCCGUUCACCCCAUCACAUCAAGACCAUGUUCACUGACUACACCCACUCACAUUUCCCACCAUGUAUUCCCCAAUCGACGACAUCAAACGGUCGUCAGUUCCCUGCCCCAACUGUGGCGUCUCGUCGAGUGGCUGACUCCUGUGAACUUUCUCGCUGGUCCACUGCCAUGUUCAACUGUUGCCUGACUGGCCAACUUUCUCUGGCUAGCAUUGGACGGCUAUGUAUGCGACCGGUGUUACUCGCAGCAGUUCGCAGCUCGAAUCCCAGUCCCCUGCUAGGAGCACAACAUGUAGUCCGGAGAAGCUUACAGAAUGACUUGCCUCCUCCUUGGUGGGAAGAAUGCCGAGCAAACAUGACAGGAAGUGGUAAAUGCCAUCGGCAUAAAGCGCUUACAUUCACUCAUCUGUCCGAUUUGGUACAAAAAGGCGGUCAUCGUGGCGGCCGCAUGAGAAAGAAGUCAGACAAAUCACUGCUAGUCUCCGCUCACCCUUCCCGAUCCUUCACACCAUCAUGUACGUCCUCCAACACCCCACUCUCAAUCUUCUCUCAAUGAAGCCGGAUAUCACCCCAGUCUUUCUCGUAUUAUACUUCCUGCUCUUGAAGGACCCAGAGGAAUGCCGCAUGACUUACCCCUUGGCUAAUCCAACCUCGCCCCCCGAGAGCCCGCAUCACUUUUUCUUGCUUUCAAGCCACUACCCCAUAUUAUUGCCAUGCUGGCCGAGAAGCCACGGCCAGCCACGGAACUAGUCUACAGGUAGCC